CAGCUUUGUCGCGGGCAUCCUUAUACUCCAGUGUGAUAUGAUCCGGAGUCUUGUUUUUCAUUUUCAGCUUCCCUGCAAAACGAAAUUAGGCUGUUAAUAAAAUGAGACCACCAAAAGAAGAAGGGGAGUCCAGAGAGGAAUGGCAAACACCGCCUUCUCAGGUGUUGCAUCAAAUCUCCGAAGAGGUGGUGAGAGUGACGGGUGAGGCGCUUCUCGGCAUUCAGGCGGUGCCGCCGGCAGCAUUGCGGUCGGCCACACAUAGAAGAAGUCGCAGUGAAGUAUUUCUGACACCAUCAUCUUCUUCUUCUGCCUCUUCUUCUUCAGUUCAUCAUAGGAUUGGUGGUGGUAAUGCUAAUAAUUUCCAGAAAUGGAAGGUACAGAUGCAAAGAGCUUUGCGAUGGGGGUUUCAUUUUCAUGAAGAAAGCCCAUUUUGUCCCGCUUCUCCUUCUUUCAAUCCUGAGAUUCUUGCCAAUCAAAAGCGUCUAUGGUAUCAGCUUCAUCCCAAAGCGCUGGACUAUAAGAAAUAUAAGGAACCUACCUCACUUUUUGAACACUUCAUUAUAGUGGGUCUUCAUCCCGAGGCUAAUCUUAAGGCUGCCGAGGAUGCGUUUGCUAAGAAGAAGAAAUGGGAGCUAGAGUUACAAAAAUCUCAUGAUCUGGUGGAUUUCAGAAUGCUACCUCACCGUGCCCCUUCACUUCCUUCUCUAGAACCUCAGAUACUUUUUAAGUAUCCUCCUGGAAAGAAGAUGCAUAUGCGUCCACAUGAUUUGGCAGCUUUUUGCUUUCCUGGAGGUGUUAAGGCACACGUGUUGGAGAGAACCCCAUCAUUGAGUGAGUUGAAUCAACUGGUCUAUGGGCAGGAGCAUUUAAACAGGGAUGACUUUUCAUUUGUAUUUUCCCUCAAGGUAGGGGACAAUGCUACCCUCUAUGGUGUUUGUUUAAAAGUGAGAGAAAUUGUACAAAGGCCACCGGCUAUCUAUGGAAACUCUUCACCUCUUUGCCUUUCACCGGGAGGUAGCUGUCAAUUUUUGGUUUCUGCACCACGCUGCUACUGUGUUCUAACUAGAGUUCCUUUCUUUGAAUUACACUAUGAGAUGUUGAACAGUCUAAUUGCACAGGAGCGCCUAAAUAGGAUAACCCAAGUCAUUAACAGAAGUACUACUAUUUCUGAUUAUGUCCCUUAUCCAGUUCCGUCCAAGUCACAAGAUCACGAUAGAGGUCCAGAUGAUACCAGUUGGAUGGAUUCUGCCAUACCCGUUGACAGUGCAAUUGCUUUAACUGCUGCUGCAGCUGGGAUUAUAUGGGAUGAUGAGCUUCCAUCGUCUUCAUCAACGUGUCAACUCUCUUCUCCAGUAAGCGUGGCUGCCAGUGAUUGCCCAUCUGAAGAAUUCAAUAAGGAUGAUGUAAAAAAGCUUCAUUGCUUUGAUGAUUGUUGUGCAUCUAAGGCAUUAGAAAGGAAUGAUGAUAUUAUUCAACAUAAUACUCAACCCCCAGAAGCAGGACCCUCAAGUAUCUGCUCAGGAGACUGUUCAUUGGAUCGUCCUAGCAGUUCCGAUUCCUUAUUCAGUGCAGUGAGAACUAUUUUAUCAGAGGAUGAGGAUGAUGAGUUAUGCCAUAACCAUGAGAAAGAUGCUGCGGAUGUGAUAAUGGAAUGGGCUAAGGAAAAUAAUAAUGAAUUGCUGCAGAUAGUUUGCAGUUAUCAUUCCUUGCCUCUUCCAUCACGGGGAAGUAAUAUUGUGUUUCAUCCCCUUGAGCAUCUUCCACGUAUCAAGUUUAAGAGAUCUUCAAUAUCUGAACUCGGAAUUAGUAAUGAGGAUUUAGCUGUUGGAAAACAGGAUUUAGAAAUGAUUGCUAAGGUCGACUUUGAUUUAGCUGCUGCUGAGGAAGCUGUUGCACUCUCUGUGUGGACAACUGCGGCAACUUGCCGAGCUCUUUCUCUUGAAACUAUUUUGACCUUGGUCACUGGUGUGCUACUGGAAAAACAAGUGGUUCUCGUAUGCCCGAAUUUGGGAGUUCUUUCAGCUCUUGUCUUAUCUAUUAUUCCUAUCAUUCGUCCUUUUCAGUGGCAGAGUUUGUUUCUUCCAAUUUUGCCAUGGAAGAUGCUUGAUUUACUAGAUGCUCCAGUUCCUUUCAUUGUUGGCUUGCAACAGAAACCAGCCGACUUGAGGACGAAAAUAUCUAACCUUAUUUAUGUAAAUGUAGCUAAAGACCAGGCAAAACCAUGUUACAUGCCAUCACUUCCCCGGUUUAAGGAGCUUGUUUCAGAACUGCAACCGAUCCAUACAAGAUUGGAACAUGAUGAUUUUGCUGCUCAGGGGCAUCCUGCGUAUAGAUGCAAUGAUGUACAGGCUGAGGCUGCUACUAAUUUUUUGACAGUUAUGAGGCAGUACUUGGAAUCCCUUUGUUCAGAUUUGAGGACUCACACAAUCACUAGCGUUCAGUCAAACAAUGACAGGGUUUCAUUAUUGAUGAAGGAUAGCUUUAUUGCAUCUUUUCCCACUAGGGAUCAAUCUUUUAUCAAGUUAUUUGUAGAUACACAACUGUUCUCUGUCUUGUCAGAUACUCGGCUCUCGAGCUACGAGGAUUGAAUAGAAUGGAUAUGAUGAAUAUACACAAGUUUCUCCCUUUCAUAUAAUUAGUUUCUUCUUUCAAUGGAUUCAUCUGGAAACAUUUAUCACAAUGGGCAUCAGAUUGUACUGACUCCCAAAUCACACGGAGCCUGAUCAGCACCCUCACAUGCUUAUAAAAGUGCUAGAUGAACCUCAUCAUCUACAUCAUGGGUGCACCAUCAGAAUGAAAAUGACGUUGAAGCAAGAGGCUCUGAUACCAUGUUGUAAAGUAAUACAUUUCUAUAUUCACAAUUAACUGUAAGUAAAUCAUAUCUUUACUUUUUGCUUCAUAAAUAUACAUAAUAUAUAUUUUUUAUAUGCUGAUCUAGCACACAUAGAACACAUUUUUUAUUUGCUAAUCUGGCGCCACC